AUGUACCGGAACUCUUUCAUAAAGAAUUUUGGUAUGAAAAUUCUUUCUCAAAUAUGUGUAGAUACUUCUGAUGUUUUUUCAACUACUCAAAUAUUUGGCAAGAGAGAAAGAAGUAACAAACUAAUAUUUAGUUGUGAUAAAGAUGAGAAAUACAAGGAUACUGAUAGUGGAAUCCAAAGUGCGGCCAAAAAAUGUGGAUGUCCAUUUAAAAUCAGGUCGACACCGGCGAAAGAUGGGUCUGGUUGGAAGGUUGAUGUAAAAUGUGGAGUUCAUAACCAUGAUUUACCUGAUAGAUUAGAAGGUCAUUCUUUUGUUGGUAGGUUGACCAGAGAUGAGAAACAUCAUGUUGUUGAUUUGAUAAAAAGACAUGUUCAACCUAGACACAAAUUGUUUUCCUUGCAAGACCGAGAUCUAGAGAAUGUCACUUGGAUCACGCAAAUAUACAAGCAUAAAGGUAUGAUAGAAAACGAGAUAAGAGGUCUUAGAAGCGAUAUACAACAUUUGUUUAAGCAUAUUGAUGACGCAGACUAUGUUUAUUGA